AUGGCCAAGGAGCUGCCCACGGCCACGUCCUACACCGAAGAUGAUUUCUACUGCCCGGUCUGUCAGGAGGUGCUCAAAACACCUGUGCAGACCACGGCCUGUCAGCACUGGAGUUUCUGUAGAAAAAGUUUUCUGACUGCAAUGAGAGAAAGUGGAAUACAUUGUCCCCUAUGUCAUGGAAAUGUGACUAGAAGAGAAAGAGCGUGUCCAGAACUGGCCUUAUAUCUUGAAAAUAUCAUGAGGAAGUUUUCUGGUAGCUGUAGAUGCUAUGCAAAACAGAUUAAAUUCUAUUGCAUGAGACAUCAUUAUAAAUCUUGUAAAAAGUAUCAGGAUGAAUAUGGUGUUUCUUCUACCAUUCCAAACUUUCAGAUAUCUCAAGAUUCAGUAGGGAAUAGUAAUAGGAGUGAAAUGUCCACAUCUGAUAACACAGAAACUUACCAACAGUGUACAAGUUCUGGGCAUCCCACCUUUAAGUGUCCCCUGUGUCAAGAGUCAAAUUUUACCACACAGCGUUUACUUGAUCACUGUAACAGUAACCACCUAUUUCAAAUAGUUCCUGUGACAUGUCCUAUUUGUGUCUCUCUUCCUUGGGGAGAUCCUAGCCAGAUUACUAGACAUUUUGUUAGUCAUUUAAAUCAAAGACAUCAGUUUGAUUAUGGAGAAUUUGUGAAUCUAGAUGAAGAAACCCAAUAUCAAACUGCUGUUGAAGAAUCUUUUCAAGUAAACAUCUGA